CUGCCGGUUGCAUUCACUAAGUCGAAUCAUAACAGUUGCGGUUGCGAUAGGUGUUCGGGUAUGUUGUGACUCCCAACUUGUGCAAUCGUCUGCUAUUCCGCUGUUGACCGGCGAAUUUUGCUUACUUUCGCUUUUAUUUUACAUUUAUGUUUCAAAUUGGUAAUUACUGAUUUGAAGCAUUUUUCAAAUCAUUAGUUUGUUUUUAUGGAAAACAGACUUUAAAAUUUUUGAUGAAAAUUUUGAACAAUGUAUAUCUAUAAGAAGAAUAUUAAGCAUUGAUCUACAUACAAAACGUGAAGAGGAACUGGCGAGGAUAUACUCUAUUCGUCAGGUAAGAGAAAUUCAAAAAUGAAAAUCUUUUUCUUUUGGAUCAAUAAAGUGUUAUUACCUUGAUGUCGAAUGUGAGAUAUUAGGUCAUCAGAAAAUUUCUAACUUUACAAAUCCUACUUUUUACAUGUAAAAGCUCUGAUGCAAAGCUGACCAGCUGUUCACUGUAUAAAUGGGGUUGCUUCGGCGAAACCCCUCUGCAACAUCCUCCUCAUUGACCCUUCCCAUCACAUGUUUGGUGCUUCUUAUAUCUGUCUUGUACACUCGAAUAAAGGUUGUGAAAAGUGAGCAGACGCUGGAUUUUACCAAAACAGAAUACAAUGCAACGGUACUUGAAAAUGCAGUAGGCAAAACCUAUGUUAUCCCUACAGAGAAGAUGGGUAUCUUUAUAUCUGACCCAUCGCUUCUUGUUAGAUAUAAAAUAGUCUCUGGAGAUCCGGCCAAGAUGUUUAAAGCGGAGUCAAGAACUGUUGGAGAUUUCUGUUUUUUAUCUUUGAGGACAAGAACAGAAGAACAGGCUAUAUUAAAUAGAGAAUAUCAAGAUUACUAUGCCAUUGGUGUUAGAGCUAUGGUAACUUCGUUAUAUAGAAGAUCUGUAAAGUUAAAGGCCCAUACAACAGUUCAUGUUCACAUCUUGGAUACGAAUGAUCUCAAUCCAUUCUUUGACAAGUCCGAAUAUCACACGACCGUCCCCGAGGACUAUCCGCUACACAAAAAUCUUCUUAGAGUAACAGCCACAGAUCCAGAUGUUGGAGUCAAUGGUGAUAUAUACUACAGCUUAAAGGAACCAUCUCUUCAAUUUGCUAUCCACCCUACUGGAGGAUUUUUGACAUUAACUCGCCCUCUUGACUAUCAGGUUGAAUCUUUGCAUAAAUUUACGGUAGUAGCUGAAGACCGAGGUCCUAAAUUUCGAGUUGCUGGCACAAUGUCGUUUUUGAGUACCGCUACAGUGCAAAUUAAAGUAACACCUGUAAAUCUUCAUGCACCCGAGAUUCAGGUAAAACAGUUACCUGCCAUUCUAGAACAUAGCGAUCCUGAUAUAUAUGCUAUUGUUCGAGUGAUUGAUCCUGAUAAAGGAAUUCAUGGCGAAAUUGAUGGUUUGGGAAUUGUUAAAGGUGAUCCCGAUGGUUAUUUUAAAGUUUUAACCGGAAAGAAACCUCAUGAAUUUGAAAUUGGAGUUGCUGAUCCAAGUCGUGAGUUAGCUGCUGGCAGUUAUUCUUUAGUGUUGCAGGCAACAGACCGAGGAACUCCUCCUAAAUCAACAACAAAAACAGUUCAUCUCAAAAUAUCCGAAGCAACUUUCCCCGUUCCAAAAUUCAGCCAAUCUGACUACGACGUUGAAAUUGAAGAAGUUUCGCCCAUCGGUUUUCCACUAGUUAGACUAGUAGCUACUGUUGAGAAAGGCAAGAAUCCAUUGUUUUACACCAUUGAAAUUGGCAACGAUGAAGGCAUGUUUGCUGUUGACCAGAAAACAGGUGUUCUGCGAACAUCCAAAGUUCUAGAUAGAGAGAGAAGAGCCUACUAUUCCCUGACUGUUAGUGCAGUGGACAGUGGCCGCAGGAGUGGUUCUCACCUUCGUAAAGGCACUGCUAUUGUAAAUAUUAGAAUAUUAGACAAUAAUGACAAUGAUCCAAUGUUCAAUACUUCGUCGAUGGUCGUCGUAUUUGAUGAGAAUCGUUCCCAAAACAGUGUUGUUUGUACAGUGCAUGCUACAGAUGCUGAUGCAGGAGACAAUGGUUAUGUUACGUACAGCUUAGCUAAUUUGCAUCCCGUUCCAUUCAAUAUCGAUCACUUUACUGGAGAGAUCAGAACAACAGAAGUAUUGGACUAUGAAACGAUGCGAAGAGAUUAUUUAUUAAGAGUCAGAGCAUCCGACUGGGGUUCGCCUUACAGACGACAAGCAGAAAUGACAGUCCAAGUCAAAUUGCAAGAUAUUAAUGAUCACAGACCCCUUUUUGAACGAGUGGAUUGUGUUGGUCAGGUUUUAGAUAGUGUUCCUCUUGAUACUCCUAUUAUUACUCUCUCAGCUCUCGAUUUUGAUGCUGGAAGUACAGUGAGAUACUUAAUGGUUCCUGUUGAUGACGAUCCUUGUUUUGGAUUGAAUGAAGACAAGGGCAUACUUAAAGUCACUUGUGACUUAUCAAAGCAGUCAAAGAAAGACUGGUUGCUGAAUGUUUCCGCCACCGACAGUCAGCAUUUUGCUGACGUUAUGACAAUUAACUUGAAAGUUGUGUCGCAUACAACUUCUCGCAACAAAGGCGGAGUUACAAUUGAUUGCCGAAAACUAGAUGUGACCGACAGAUAUAUGGAGUUAUUAAGUUUGGGAAAUAGCCAAAACAAAAAUGUUGGACACAAAGAUGCCGCUGUUCCAGGACGUUAUGGAGAAAACAGGCAUUCACCAGAAUUUUUAUCUACUAUCCCUAAAGAAGUAUGGAUUAAUGAAUCAGCAAGUAUUGGAACGGAGGUUGUUGCAGUUCGAGCUAGAGAUAGAGACCACAGUUACGCUGGAUUGCUUGUUUACGUAAUUAAUUAUAACAACGAGGGAGAUGACUCUUUCAAAAUUGAUUUAUACACUGGAAGACUUAUUGUUGAUGCCAAACUCGAUCGUGAAAGAACUUCUAAAUAUAUCUUAAAUAUCACAGCUUUCGAUCUUGGAAAACCACAAAAAACCGCAUCAACUCAGAUUGUUGUUAAUAUUCGCGAUGUUAAUGAUAAUGCACCAGCAUUUGAAAAAUCAUCUUAUCAUUUUGUGAUUCCAGAAAAUGUUGAAAAUGGAACUAGUGUCAUACGACUUCGAGCAACUGAUAAUGAUGAAGGUGAAAAUGCUCGACUGACGUAUAGCUUAGAGGGUCCAGCUUGGGAUCGUUUUCAUGUUGAUAAAGACUCUGGUCUUUUGACCGUUAUUGGAGCAUUGGACAGAGAAAGUACAGAAAACUAUGCUCUGCGUGUUUGGGCUAAAGAUUCGUCUUUGGAAAAGGCACUAAUGUCUUCAACUGUUGUCUAUAUUCGAUUAGAGGAUGUGAACGAUAAUCCCCCUAUGUUUGGAUUAUCACAGUUUUGGGUUAAAGUUCGUGAGGAUUUACCUUUAGGAACUGUUGUCAUGAUAAUGUCAGCUAGAGAUCCAGAUUUGGGUGACGGUGGACGUGUGGUUUAUGAAAUGCUUGGUGGAGGAACAUUUUCUGUCGAUCCACAAACUGGUGUUGUAAGACUAGCCCGUUCGUUAGAUUUCGAACAAAAGCAACUUUACAAUGUAACCAUAAUUGCCAGAGAUCAAGGUGAUCCACCCCUAUCUUCCGUUGCUUACCUGUUGGUUGAAGUUGAAGACGUUAAUGAGAACUUUCAAUCUCCGAAAUUUCCGGACUUUGUAGCAUCUGGAUCUGUUCUUGAAAAUAAACCCGAGGGUACUUUUGUCACUCAAGUUACUGCAACAGAUUCAGAUCCUCCUGGUAUUGAUUCCACCAUAACCUAUUCAAUUCGCGAUGGAGAUGGUGUAGGCAUAUUUUCGAUUGAUGAUCAGGGAAACAUAAGAACAAGAGCAGUACUCGACAGAGAAACGAGUCUACGUUAUUGGUUAACUGUCAUUGCUCAAGACAGAGGAGCUGUACCACUAACAACUCGUCUCGAUGUUUAUAUAGAAGUGGAAGAUGAAAAUGAUAAUACUCCUUUAACAUUCGAGCCAGCAUAUUACCCAAAUAUUCCUGAAAAUUCUCCAGAAGGUACAACUGUCGUUAAAAUGGAUGCUUUUGACCUUGAUAUGAAUCCUGAUCAGAGAAUUUCAUACGAAAUUACUGCUGGAGACCCCCAAGACCACUUCGCUCUUGAUACAGCAUCUGGUUUAAUUACUACAACCUCAAAUCUUCUUGAUAGAGAGACUCAAGCUGAACAUGUAUUAGAGGUUACAGUUAGUGAUAAUGGUGAUCCUCCAUUAGUUUCAACCACACGUAUUGUUGUUAAAGUGCUUGAUGUUAAUGAUCAUGGCCCUACUUUCUUCCAAAGGUUGCAGCGUUGUUACAUUCCUCAGAUGGCCAAACAAGGACCGACUCCUUGUCAAGUUCUUGCAUCAGACGAAGAUUCUGGUCCAAAUGGGGACAUUUCUUAUGUUCUCUCUGAAGGGUCUAGUGCCCACUUAUUCCGAAUUCAUCCGAAAACUGGGGUAAUAUACAGUCAGGGACCUGUAAAAGGAGGUCAACAAUAUGAGCUUCUGGUUACUGCAUCAGAUGGUGGGAAACCUUCCCUUAGUUCAAAUUCAAGAAUCAUAUUAGAAGUUAUUUCAAUUCCAGUCAGCAGUAAAAGCCCACCUGUUAUUCAACCACUUGAAUCUCAAUCACUUGUAAUAUCAGAAAGUGAAAAAGUUGGUAACUUAGUGGCCAUGAUUCAAGCCGAUGAUCCUGAUGGAGAUAGCUUGUGGUAUUCUAUAUCAGGUGGAAAUGUUGGUGAUAUGUUCAUGAUUCAGUCAAAAGGUGGAGCUGUUUUACUUGCUCGAAAAUUAAAAUGGGAAGUUCAUCCUAUGUAUAAUCUUAGCAUUGCUGUCACAGAUGGCAUUUAUUCAGUAUCUACUUUUUUAUCAAUUAAAGUUAUGAGUAUUAACAACUAUAUGCCAGAAUUCUUGGAACAUACCUACAAAGUUCAAAUUGCUGAAAACAGUCCAGUGGAUACUGAAAUUUUGAAACUAGAAGCAUUUGAUAGAGAUCAAGACAAACGUUUGCUUUACACUAUUCACAAUAGUGCUAGUCCUUACAGUAUCUCCAAAUUUCGUUUGGAUUCAAGAACUGGAAUACUUUCUGUUGCUCAACCUUUAGACCAUGAAACUGCUCAACGUCACAUACUUACAGUAGCUGUUAUGGAUAGUGGGACUCCUUCAAAACGCUGUUUUACAAGGUUAGAAAUAAAUGUAUUUGAUCAUAAUGAUCAUGCUCCGCAAUUUUUAACAAGCAUGUUUGAAGGUCAAGUAUUUGAAACAGCUGCUAUUGGUACAUCAGUCUUACAAGUCAUUGCUAUUGAUAGAGACAAAGGAAAAAAUGCUCAACUAAGCUAUUCAGUUGUAUCAGGAAAUGUUGGUGGAGCUUUCUAUAUUGAUCCUACUCUUGGUAUAAUACAAGUUUCUCACACUCUGGACAGAAAUUCGAUGUCUGAGUAUUUUCUAAGUGUUAGAGCUAUAGAUCAUGGAGAUUCACCUUUAAAUGGAAGUGUAAAUGUUCACAUUAUAAUUACUGUUUCAGAUAAUGCACCACCCAAGUUUGAUAAAUCUGAAUAUGUUAUUGAACUGUUUGAGAAUGGUAGAAGUGAAACUAAAGUUGUUGGAGUUACAGCUACUUGUCGUUCUUCUGUAUAUUAUGAAAUUAUUGAUGGUAAUGAAGAAGACAGUUUUACAAUCAAUCCUACCUCUGGUGUUAUUCUUACUACAAAAUCUUUAGAUUAUGAAACAAAUGUGUUUUUUAAUUUAACUGUGCGUUCUACAAAUAUGGUUGGAACAUCUGCUGAAACUAUGGUUCUUAUCCAUGUCUUAGAUCGCAAUGAUAAUCACCCAUAUUUCCUUGAAACUGAAGUUGUAGGAUUUGUCAGUGAAGCUGUAGAUGCUGAUAGCAUCGUGCUUGAUCAAUCUAAUCUUCCAUUAGUAGUGGCUGCUGCUGAUAAAGAUUCUGAGCUUAAUGCAGUUUUGUUUUAUAAAAUUGUGGAAAAAUCUGCUAAUUUAUAUUUUCGGAUUGAUUCCAGCACAGGUGCAAUCAGUACAUCUCAAGUCUUAGAUCAUGAAAAAUUUUCCAAUUUUACUUUUACUGUUCAAGUAACUGACAUGGGAAAACCUCAUCUUAGUGCUAUAAUUCCUGCCACAGUGACUAUAUAUAUAGCUGAUAUUAAUGACUGCCCUCCUCAAUUUGAACAUCCUUCUUAUGCAGCUACUGUUCUUUUACCAACUCAUCAAGGUGUAGUAGUCAUAACUGUGAAAGCAACAGAUCCUGAUACUGUUGCAACUACCUCAAUUAAGUAUAAUAUUGUCUCAGGAAAUUAUGGGGAAAAAUUUGCAAUUGAUGAGGAUACUGGAGAAAUAGUUGUUAAAAGUCCUGAAGAUAUGAAUGAAGAAUAUCAACUUGUAGUCUCAGCUAGUGAUAGUGAAUAUGAAGCCAGUUCUAAAGUGUCGAUAAAAGUAAAAGAAUCUCGAAGAAGCUCACUUCGUUUCAGCAAACCAAAAUAUACUGCUAAAGUUGAGGAGAAUUCUGCAAAAGUUGUUACAGUUGCUGUUAUAACAGUUAUAGGUUCAUCUCUCAAUGAACAUUUGAGUUUUAAAAUAUUGAAUCCUUCUGAAAUGUUUGAAGUAGGAUCAACUUCAGGUGUUGUGAGAACUAAAGGAAUACCAUUUGAUCGUGAAACACAGAAUUUUUUUACUCUAGUUGUUGAAGUAAAAAGUGAAUUAACAAACCCAGUACAAAUAGCUCAUAUUUUAGUUGAAGUUACCAUCACUGAUGUGAAUGAUAAUCCUCCUAUUUUUGUGAACUUGCCAUAUUAUUCAGUUGUACCAAUGGAAGCUCAAAAGGGUUAUAUUGUUCGCAAGGUUCAUGCCAUUGAUUUAGACCUUGGAGAAAAUAGUAAAGUGCAUUAUGAGCUUGUAGAAGGUGACAAUAAAACUUUCAAAGUUGAUAGGAAUAGUGGGGAAAUUAUUCUGUUAAAACCAGUGGGAUCACAAAAUCUUGACCAUGAGAUAGUUGUUGCUGCUAUUGAUGGAGGCAACCCACCCAUGAAGAGCACUGUAGAUGUACCAAUUCGCCUUAUCAAUAGAGAUAUGCCAGUGUUUCCCAAACAAUAUUAUAAUAUAUCAGUUGUGGAAUCAUUACGUUCUAAAUCAGCUGUUCUUACUGUGCUGGCUGACAGUCCUGAAGGACGACAAUUGAUAUACAGUAUUGUUGAUGGAAAUACUCAUGAAGAUUUUGGUGUAAAUUUUACUACUGACCCUGGUUAUAGCAAUGGGCCAUGCAUCAUCUAUGUGGUAGAAGAAUUAGACUUUGAAACCACUCAGUAUUACCAUUUAACUAUUAGAGCUACAGAUUCUGUUUCUGGAGCAUAUGCAGAUGUGUUAGUGCAUAUCAAUAUUGAAGAUGUAAAUGAUAAUCCACCUGUUUUUGAAAAUUCUCAUUAUUCAGCAUCUGUUUCUGAAGCAGUUCCUUUUGGUACAUCUAUUCUUCGUGUAAAUGCUACAGAUCGUGAUUCAGGAAACAAUCAAAGAGUUCAAUAUUUCAUUAUUGGAAAUGCCACUACUUUUUUUCAUGUUGAAUCAUCUGAAGGAAUUGUUUUCAUCAAACAGUCUUUAGAUAGAGAAAGACAGGAUUCUCAUGAUUUUCUUGUCAUGGCUACAGACAGUGGUUCACCUGGUCUAAGUGCAACUACUACUAUCCACAUUGAUGUUAUUGACAUGAAUGACAAUCCACCAAAAUUUGAAUAUUAUGACUAUGAUUGUAUGAUCAGUGAAAGUGCACAACGAGGUCAAUUUGUGACUAGAGUAAUUGCUUCAGACCCUGAUGAGUCUGAUCAGUCCAAACUGGUAUAUUCGAUAGUUGGUGGUAAUGAACAGCAAGCAUUUGCUAUAAAUUCAAUAACGGGUAUUAUUACUCUUUCAAAUCUACAUCAAUUUAAUAACCAGUCUAUGUAUCUCUUGAAUGUUUCUGUUACUGAUGGAGUGUAUUCUGGCUAUGCUAAAGUUAAAGUCAAUAUAUUGAGUGAAAACAAUAAUUCCCCAAUUUUUACUCGUACUGUUUAUGAAGUUGCUGUUAAAGAGAAUUUACCACCAGGUGCUCCUAUUACUACAGUGAAGGCUGCAGACACUGAUCGUGGUGAAUAUGGGAAAAUAACUUAUAGCAUCGAAAGUCAAGUUUAUAAUAAAAUAUUUAUGAUCGAUCCUGAAACUGGGGUACUUUAUGCCAGAAUAAGUUUUGAUAGAGAACGACAUAAAUUGUAUGAAGUACCUAUAGCAGCAUUUGAUGGUGGAGGAAGGCCUGGAUACUCUACUGUACGCAUUUCUGUUACAAAUGACAAUGAUAAUGCCCCUCUAUUUGCUGUUGCUGAAUAUAGAGCUUAUGUAUAUGAAAACACAACUAUUGGAACUACAGUUCUACAGGUGCAUGCUAUUGAUGAUGACGAGGAUAUGCAUGCUUCAUCAAUUGAAUAUAGUAUCUACUCAAACAAUGCCUCAACUAUUACUGACUUGUUUGGCGUGUCCAAAGAUUUAGGAGAAGUUUACUUGAAAAAAAGUGUUUCUCAGCUUGUUAAUCAAGCGUUUCAGUUUUUUAUUCGAGCUCGUGACAGAGGUGUGCCUCCACAAGAAAAUGAAGUUCCAGUCAAUGUUAUCAUAGUUUCGAGUAAUGUUGUCUUACCAAAAUUUGAACAGCAAAAAUAUGAAUUUUUUAUGUCUGAAAAGUCACCAAUCGGUACCAUUGUUUCGACUCUCAAUGCAAGCAGUGCUGAACCCAUACAUUAUGGAUUUGUCCCUGCUCCAAUAGAUUCUCUAAUUGAGCUUCACCAGUCUGUUUUUAGUAUUUCAGAAAGUGGUAAAAUAGUUCUAAAUUCUGCUUUAGACAGAGAAUCUACUGCUACUUAUAAACUUGUAGUGAAAGCUGAAACUAGUCUUAGUCCUCCCUUGAUUGCUUUUUGUGAUAUAACUAUAAAUGUGAUGGAUGAAAAUGAUAAUCGACCUACAUUUGAAUCUAACCCUUAUGUUUUAAAUAUAGCUGAAAAUAUUGCAAAAGGUACUAGUAUUUUGAAAGUGGUUGCCAAAGAUGCUGAUUCUGGGACUAAUAGUGAAGUUGUGUACUCCUUUGGGUCAGAUGUUGGUAACACUGCCAAUGUUUUUCGUUUAGACUCAUCUACAGGCUGGAUCACUACAUUAACCUCCCUUGACUAUGAAACAGUAUCAUGGUAUAACUUUAGUGUUACUGCAAAAGAUAAAGGUCAUCCACAACUAACAUCCUCAACUACAGUCAUGCUCCGAAUACAAGAUUACAAUGAUAAUCCUCCAGAAUUUGAAAGGCAACACUAUGAUGCUGCUAUUUAUGAACAUGCAGUACCUGGAACUGUAAUAGUAACCCUAGAAAUUAGAGAUGCUGAUUUUGAGCCAAGUAAAAAUGAUUUUUACAUUACUAAAGGUAACCAACAAGGACAGUUCCACAUUCGUGAGAAUGGAGAAAUUUUUAUUAAUAAACUUUUAGAUCGAGAAAAUAUUGCAUCUUAUCUUCUUGAAGUUCUUGUUACUGAUGGUUUAUUUGUUUCAAAAACCAAAGUUGCGAUUGAUGUAUUGGACACAAAUGACAAUCCUCCUAUUUGUAUGAAAUCUAAAUACUUUGAAAGGAUUUCUGAGGCAAUUCCUCCAUACUCUUACAUUUUAACUGUUGAAGCAACUGAUGCAGAUGAUGGUAAAAACGCCUUACAACUUCAUAGUCUUACUGGUAUGGGAUCAAAGGAUUUUGUUAUUGAUUCAGCAACAGGAAUUAUCAAAACAAUUAAAAAUCUUGACAGAGAAGUACAGUCCCGUUAUAGUUUAAUUGCUCAUGUUCAAGAUAGAGGACAUCCUGACUGGGAAUGUAAAAGUGCUAUUGAAAUACAUUUAGAAGAUGUAAAUGAUAAUGCACCUUCAUUUACCCAACCAAUUUUUACUGUUGCCAUUGCCGAAGAUGUUCCAGUUGGUUCUUUAAUUAGUAAAAUACAUGCCAUUGAUAAAGAUUUGGGUGCAAAUAGGAAAGUAAGUUAUUCAUUUGUAAAUAAUCAUCUUGGGCAGUUUGAAAUAAAUCCUAAAACAGGAAUUGUUCGUUUGAAGAGACCUCUAGAUCGAGAGACCGAAUCUGAAUAUAAUUUAACUGUUCAAGCUACUGACCAUGGCUCUCCUUCAUUAUCAUCAACUGUUUUGUUAAGUGUAACAGUAUUAGAUGUGAAUGAUAAUCCACCAGAAUUUACAAACAAAAUUAUUUUUGCAACUGUAUCUGAAUCAGUUCCAGUAAACUCUGAAAUUGCAACUGUUCAUGCUACCAGUGAAGAUAUUGGAAUAAACGCUGAAAUAUCUUAUUCAAUCAUUGGUGGAGAUGAGCAAGGAGUUUUUGAGAUAUCAACUUCUACAGGUAAAAUAAAACUGUUGAAGCCACUUGAUUAUGAAGCUGUGAGAGACUUCUUUUUGACAAUCCAGGCUGUAGAUGGUGGAUCUCCUCCUUUGAGCAAUCAGGCAGUUGUGAACGUAACUGUCACCGAUUCAAAUGAUAAUGCUCCUGUAUUUAGUCAACCUUCAUAUAGGGCAAUAAUUAGGGAGGAUGCAACUGUUGGAAGUCAAGUUAUCCAGGUUCUAGCAAAUGAUGCUGACAGUGUCCCAAAUGCAAGAUUAUUUUUUUCAAUUAUGUCUGGUGAUGAUGACAACUAUUUUGCAAUGGACAGUACUUCUGGGUAUAUAAAGGUUUCAAAAGCUCUUGAUAGGGAAACUAUACCAAACUAUGUUCUACAAGUUAUGUGCUCUGAUAGUGGUAUUCCUCAACUUUCUACAACUGCUUUUGUAAAUAUCGAUGUAUCGGAUGUUAAUGACAAUGCUCCUAUGUUCUCUCAAAGCAACUAUUCUAUCAUUAUUCAGGAAGGCAGAUCUAUUGGUUUCACUGCUCUCAAAUUCGAUAUAGUUGAUGCUGAUGCUUCUCCAAAUACUGAUCCUUAUUCUCUUGAAAUUUUAUCUGGCAAUGAAGAUAAUGCAUUUCGUUUGGUUCAACAAGAUUCAUCAUUACGAACUGCUACUAAAUUUAACCAUAAGAAAAAAGACACAUUUGUGUUGCAUAUUAAAGUAUCUGACAAUGGUAGUCCCUCUUUGAGUAGUGAUACUAGGGUGACUGCCAUGAUAAUUGAAGACAGUCAGUUUCCUCCGACAGUAUUUCCUUUGGAAGUUGUUAUUAAUUCAUUCCGUGAUGAAUUUCCUGGGGGUGUUAUGGGUCGUAUUCAUGCCACUGAUGGUGACCCAUAUGAUAAAUUACAUUAUGAAGUUGUUUCUCCUUACAAGGAUUUGUUUUCCGUUGAUAGAGAAGAUGGUACUUUAGUUGCUAAUCCUGGUCUGGAUGUUGGGUCCUAUAAUGUGAAUGUAAGUGUAACUGAUGGGAAAUUUACUUCAUAUGGCAUUAUUUUAGUACAAGUUAAUAUGGUUAGUGAAGAUGCUGUGAAAAAUAGUAUUGGCAUGCGAUUGAAAAAUAUUACACCUGAAGAUUUUAUUAUGAAUCACAGGAAAAAUUUUCUGAAAGGAUUGCAAAGUGCCUUAAGUAUUAGAUCUAAAGAUAUUGAUAUUUUAAGCAUUCAGCCUGCUGAAGCAACGACUUCCAAAGUAAAAAGAGAAGUUAAUCGUGAUCUGGAUGUUUUGUUUGCUGUACGAAAAAACUCUCAUUCAUAUUAUCCUGUAAAACAGCUUAUGAUGAAGUUCAAAGAAAAGCAAUCUCUAUUUGAAACAUCUUCCAAUCUAAAAGUUGUCAAAAUUAUUAAAGAUCGCUGUACUUCUGAUCGGUGUAUUCAUGGAGAGUGUGUUGAUCGCAUUGUUUUGGAUGAAACGUAUGUUGUUAGCAUAACUACUAAAUUAUUGGGUUAUGUGUCGCCCCAACAUGUAAGAAAACUUGAAUGUGUUUGCAAAUCUGGAUAUGGAGGAAAUCGCUGUGAUAUAGUUAUUAAUGAGUGCGCACGUAAUCCUUGCUCAUCCCAUCAUGUAUGUUUCCCACAUCCAGCAGAUUUAGGAUAUAUUUGCCAAUGUCCACCAGGUAAAACUGGACCAUUAUGUGAUAGAGAUAAAACUAAAGUUUGCCGUGGUAGUAAUUGUUAUGAAGAGAAAAAUCCUAUAUCUUAUAAUGGGAAAAGUUAUGCUCGCUAUUCCUUAGCAAACCCAUUUGAAAGACAUUUAAGUAUUGCAGUUAGUGUUCGAACUGUACAAGCAACUGGAAAUUUGAUGUAUGCAGCAGGAAUCAGAGAUUACAGCAUUUUAGAGAUUGUGAAUGGAUAUGUGCAAUACCGUUUUGACUGUGGUAGUGGAGAAGGAUUAGUUAGAGUAGAGCAUCCUCAAGUAAAUGAUGGACUAUGGCAUGAUGUUUGUGUUGAACGAAGAGGUAAUGCUGCCGAAGUGAUAGUUGAUAAAGUGCAUCGUUCAUCUGGAAAUGCUCCUGGUGUUCAUGAUAUUUUAAACUUGGAUGGAAAUGACAUAUAUUUUGGAGCAGAAGUACGACAUCACCCUGCAGUAUUUGGAUAUGAAGAUAUUAGAAUGGGUUUCGUUGGAUGUAUGGAUGAUAUUAGGAUAGAUGAAGUAUCAUUACCUUUACAUGUGGCAGGUGGAAACAAUGUUGUUACUUUGCGAAGGUUUGCAAAUGUACAGUUCCAAUGUGCUGUCCUCUUUGAUCCUGGAGUAUGUGGUAGUCAACCAUGUGCUAAUGGUGGUGCUUGUAAUGCUACAGGAAAUUCCUUUACAUGUCAGUGCCUAGCACGAUUCCUGGGACCUCGUUGUGAAAUUGAUACAAAUCCUUGUGCCUCAAAUCCGUGCCUUAACGGUGCCACCUGUCAUAAUGUGAAUAAUACUUUCCAUUGUGAUUGCCCUGAAGGAUUGAGUGGAAAACGUUGUGGUUAUGGUCGCUAUUGCAAUCCAAACCCAUGCCACAAUGGAGGUGUUUGUGAAGAAGGGACAUAUGGACCAUUAUGUAAAUGUAAAGGAUUCUAUGGAGAUAUUUGCCAGUAUGAUGUCAAUGAAUGUCAAGCUAAUCCUUGUGCUAAUGGUGCAACUUGUGAAAAUUUUGAUGGAUCUUUUCGCUGUCAAUGUCCACACAAUGUUACUGGCACACUUUGUUCAGAACUCCUUUAUACGAACUCCAUCACGUCCACGCGUUGGAAUACAACCAUUGAAGAAAUAGUUGGAAUUACAGUGGUUGUUAUUUUUAUCAUGCUUUUAGCUGUUGUACUUGCUUGUUGUUGGAGAAUCAGACAUAAGCGCCGCCAGAGAAGGUCAAGUUUGCAACUUGAAGAUGAACCUGGUCCAAAUGAGUUCAUGCUGAAAAAUUCAAUCAUUGAGAAAGACAACGUCAAAAGAGUUAGCAAAAUAAGCAAUCUGGAUGCCACUUUUACUACUCCACCGUUACCACCCCGUCCUGUAUCUUAUACUCCUAGUACUCAAGAGUCUCUGAGUGUUUUGGCCAAGUUUGAUACUGUUCAUAGCUAUGGAAGUGCUGCAGAAGAUCUUGAUGGCAAUACACCACGGUAUGGGGGCCAACUGUUCCAAAACAUUAGCACACAUAAGAGUUCUCAUGUUAGUGUCCCUCCAUCCCUCACCCCUCCUCCACCGUCCAGCUCUGAUUCAGACUCCCUUCUGAAAGCUGGGUGGGAAACUGAUUUGAAUUCUUCAAAGGAAAAAAUAUAUGAAGAUAAAAUUCAAAACAAUCUCAAUCCUGUUGUUGUCAACUUACCAAAUGAAAUUGAUAAAAAAAUAAAACACACAGACACAACCCCGUUUGACUCUGUUGUUGAUUCAUCUGGCAGUGAAAGUAACUUUGAUAGUAAACACUCAACACCACCCCCGCCACCAAGAGAAGAGUCUAAACAGGGAUAUCUUUGGGAUGUAUCUGAUUGGAGCCCACCUGAUCAGAGUAUUAAUAACAAUUUCAUAGAUGAAUCUCCAACUGAAGGACAGGAUUCAUCAAGUGUUCAAAGUACUGAUUCCAACAGUUUUGUUAGCCAAAUUGAGAUGAUACCUGAUCGGGAUGGAAAUGCAUGUCAGAAAAAUGUCCUUAGCAAUCCUAAUUUAAAACCAUCUCCAUCUAGACAUAAAAUAGAGAACAAUAAGCCUAAAGUUGGAGAAUCCCUCCAUUCUCAGUUCCUGGAGAACGAUGGAUCUCCUCCUCCUUCUUAUGAUAGCAAAAGCAGUGAGUGGGCAGAUUUUUCAGAUGAUGAACAGCCUGCCUAUGGAUUUCCUAAGAGAAAAAGUCACGGUUUUCGAAAAGCAUUAGAAAGUUCCGCAGGAAGGGAAACUGAAAGACUUUGUUAUGAUAAUAUAGACUCUGAUGAUGCAUCAUUGCCAGAUUUAUCUGGUAGAGUCUGCGAACUUGAAGACAGUGAAGUAGAUAUCUGUGAUGUUGAAACAUUACCACCACCAAAGAAUUAUAAUUCCGUGCCAUCUUAUGUGUGAUAAGGCAAUAUACUGAAACUAUUAAGAAAUUAUUCCUUUAACUAAACAUAUUUUUCUGGAAAAAAAGGAGUUAAAAAGGAUGUAGCUUUAGAUCUAAGUAGGUUACAAAUGAAGUGUAAUGACCACUAAAGAAUUGCAAGAUUUCUGGACCUAUCUGCAUCAUUACUGCUUCUGUUUUUACUCAAUUUUUUCUAAUUUACUUUUGAUGAAGUCUCCCUUAUGAAUGACAGAAAGGCAAAUGUUUGUGUAAUAUGGAUGAAAGUUUGCGAUGAACUCUGUAUGUUUGGACUUAUUUGAUUUGUGACAAUUCAAAUUAUGAGUGAAUCACUAUUUCUAAAAAGUCUAUUAGAUUCCUAUUUUGGUAUAAAUAAGUUGGGUUGCUAGGAUUUCAUUUCAAUCAUUUUAAAAAAGACUUAGAUGUCAGCAUUAUAAAAAGUAAAAAAAAAAAAAAAUCUUUAAAUAAUCUAAUAUUAAGCAAUUUUUAAAGAAAUAGCAAUUAUUGUCUAUCUUUAUAUUCAUAAUAAAAUGCCUUAUUAUUAUUCUCCAUCUAUAGGUACUUCAAAAGGUUACUUGUAAAGUAGCAAAGAUAAUAAAAAAUAAUUCAUUUAUUUCUACUUUUUUUAAAACCAGAAUAAAAAACUAUAUUUAAUGUGCUGAAUAUUCAGUAAAAAAUAGAUAUAUCUAAUUUGCCUUUGAAUGCACAUAUAAAUACUGUAUUAAAUUCACAUAUUGAAACUUUGUUAUUUAAGAAUUGUACCCAAUGACUGGUGCCAAACAUUUUCUUAAUCUUACAUCAACAACUUCAAUCUAAAAAUUGAAAAAGUUUAUUAAGUAACCCUACUUAUUUUUUGCACCCUUUUUUAACAGAAGCAAAUAUAUCGAACAAAUAUCUGGUUUUCAUUUUUUUUAGAUAACUGUCUUCUUUAUGCUUCUUUUAAAAUUGCUAAGUCUUAUCCAAAUGUCUCAUGAUAGCAAUUUUGGUGGUCUGCAGUUCUAAAUAACCAUAAGAACUUAUUAGCCAUCUUUCGAACUACAUCAGGGUCCAAGAAAAAAUAUGACUGAAAAUUGUUUAAGCCUGGUGCCUGUAUACUUGUUAAGUUUAAAAAUAAAAACAUAAUAUGCUAAGGCGGUACCGAUGAUAUUAAGGUAGCUGUUUGAACUGACUGUGAUAAUUUUGGCAGCUACUAUGCCUGAUUUUGAAGGGCUUCAAGAAUGCCCAUAGAAGAAAACUUAAACCUCAGGUGUCCAAUUCCAGCCAUUUUUAUAACUUUAUAAAAUUAACAAAAAAUUCAUUUGUUCUUUGUAAUUUAAUUACUUUUUUAUGCUUGAAAUAUUUGUUUAUUUUAUAAACUUAUGACAUAUUUUAUACAAAUUACUUUUAUGUAGAGUUUAAUACAAUUGAAAUUGAAAAGUAGAUUUUCUGAGAAACGAACUCUAAUAUAUGGUAUAAAGCAAUUUCUAUAACUUCUUAUUACAUAAUUAAUCAUAUGUUUUUUUUAUGUGAUUGUCUUAGUUAUUUCCUAUUUAUAAGCAUUUUACUAGCUAAAACAUAAUUACAUUAAAUUAUUCUCCAAAAAUAUAUACCAUACCACUGCCAUACUACAUUCGAUAUAAAAAUUGAAUGGUGUAAAUCUUAAUAUAUUCUAUAUGCACAUUAAUGUGCAUGUUGUUUACUUAAAUGUAUGCGAUUCAUUUUCAUGCUGUAAUAUUUUGUUUAAAUAAGCAUAAUAUCCGAUUUUGUGAUGACAUAUCAUAUCACUUUAGUCAAUUGACAUUAUUUUCAAAUUCUAUGUAAAUAUGAACUAAAUGUUUUUUGUUUUUUUUGCUUUCAAAUUAACAUGAGGAAUGCAAUCAUUAAUCUAAAAUGCAUUUAUAUUUUCUUAAGUUAAAUUUUGUCUUGAAACUAUAAAAAGAGGUUGCUUUUGUUUUUUUUGCAGAAAUUCAAAUUAUUAGUUUAUAAUUUUAAUUUAUUACUGGUGAGAGAAAUUUUGUAAAAAUGGAGAUGUUCAUGCUUGCAUUGUAAAUUCUCAUCUCUUUAUAACAUGUACAGUAUUUUUCUUCGUGAAAUUUGUACCAUUUUUUAAAAUGAAAUAAAAAAUUCUUGUUUUUGUGCCAGAACUAGAUUUCAAAGAAGUUCAUGUGCAUGUGAUCUAUAUGUUUAAGAGCUAUGAAAAAUCAAAUAGAUACAUUAAGUGAAAUUUAUGUACAAACCUAAAAAUGUUUGAAAAAGAAAUUUGAUUCAAACUGUUUUCCUGCUAUAUUAUUUAAAGCUAUCAAUACAUAGAUCAUUUCUCUAAAUGAAAUUGUGGGGAAAAUUUUAAUGCUUGUCUGUAUCUACUGUCUGUCAAAAACUGUCAGAACUCAUUUGUUACUAUUAUGAAAUAUUUAAGUUUUUUGUGGACUUUAAAAAUAGUAUAAAUCUGUAUGUAUACACAUUCCUCAUGCCUACAUACAUAUAUAUAUGGUGCUAUGUUUAUAUUGCCAUGGUCCUAUAGUGAAUGAGUCAUUUGACUGGUUAUGCAUUUAUUAGUCUAAGGUAUAUAGAUGAUCUUGUAUAUAAAAUAUUUGUAAUAAACUACUGUUACUUCUAAA